GUAGAUCUUAACCGUUGAAUACUUUACCAUCUAAAAUCCAACGGUUAAUGGUUGAUAUACACUUUCUUUCCGUAAAUAAAAAUUACAAAGAAUUAUAGUUUCACGAGUAAAGAGGACAAAGCUUUCUUCGGUUAACAUCUUCUUCUUUCUUCUCUUCCUCAGCCAUCGCUCUGAAACUCUUUUUCGUCGUUUCCUCUCCGCUUCCCGUCAAUUCGGAUUCUUGAGAGAAUUUUGUUCGCGAGUUUCGCGUGAAAGACAUGAAAAUGUUGGCGAUGGACUCGCGAUCUUCUCUCCAUCUCCACCGCUCCAUGUCUCGCGUUGACCUUUUUGCCGGCGUACGUAUGAAACGAUUCCCCAGAAGUUCUAUUCUGAGUACGCCUCGAAUAUGUGGAAAUAUUUUCUGUUGAUUCGGCUCUUCUCUGCUCUUGGUACCUCCGUGAUUUGUUUUCCUUUGCAUCUGAAUUUCGAGAUCCAAUCGAAGCCGUGAUACCCAUAGCGUCUUGUGUAGUCUUUUUUUUUUUUUUUGUCUUCUAAGUCAGUGCUCUUGCUGGUGAAGAAACUGUCUUGGAUUUCUUCGUUUGGGUUUCGACGAUUGUGUUUCUUAAAAUUUUCUAGUGGAAUUGUGAGUAGUUAGGGUUUGUUUCGACUGUGAAACUCUUAGGGUUCGUUCUUCGUAGGCGAAUUGUGCAUUUUGGGGGGUUUCUUCUUUCAAUCGUGAAGUUGUUUGCGUCUGCUGGGUCUCUGAAUGGCUGAGAGGAAAGAAUUAGGGUUACCAAAGACUGCUAUUAGUUUGAAAGAGCAAUUGGCGAGAACCACUCUGAGGAAUCUGAGGGCGCAAGGUCACACGUACAUUGAGCUACGUGAGGAUGGGAAACGGUUCGUCUUCUUCUGCACUCUGUGUCUCGCUCCCUGCUACAGCGACACAAUUUUGCUUGGGCACUUGAACGGGAACCUUCACAAGGAGAGAUUGUCGUGUGCUCGUAUCACACUUCUUGGUGAAAAUCCGUGGCCUUUUAAUGACGGUGUCCUUUUCUUCGACAGCUCAACCGGAGAAGAGGAGAAAACUCUAAUCACUGAUGGUGAUGAAGGUGUUACCGGUCCUUUGCAGCACUGCAGUGACGAUGAAAGAUUUGCUAUUGUCAAGUAUGAUGGAUCACAUGGAGAUAACCAACUUGCUUCGGAUAAUGAUGAAGAACCUAGUCUCUGUGCAGAUAAUCUGGUAAUCUCUGGUUUGCUGAUCAAGGAGAGAACUGUUGACGUGGAAGCAAAGUUCAUUGGUUUUGGUCGAAUAGCUGCUAGGUUGUUUGAAACGAAAGGACGCUCUACUUGGAUUGAUAAACUGUGGUGUGAGUGGUUAGGUGACGAGGGUCCUUCCGAUGAGGAGAGAGCUUCGGUCCCUGAGCAUGACUUUGCUAUUGUCACAUUCUCCUACUUCUACAAUUUGGGUAGGCUGGGUUUGCUCGACAGCCCGAGCCGUCUUCUUACAUCUUGUCAGUCAGCAGAGUCCGGGAACGGCGAGGAAGGUGGAAGGAAGAGAAAGAAGUCUUUUUCGGAUCCAGAGGACACCAGUGAAUCUCUGUGUAAUCAGUAUGACUCUUCUGAGGAGGUUUCUUCAGCUCGUAACUCAAACUCCUCAAGAGCUCUCAUAGCUGAUUAUGAUGAUCAUCUGGUGAAUAAAAGAGUCAUCAAGAACAAAACGGUAAGACGGGAGCUUAGGAAGCAACAGAGGAUAUUUUCCGAGAGGAUAUGCGAAGUCUGCAAGCAAAAGAUACUUCCGGGGAAAGAUGCGGCAGCAAUACUAAACACGAAGACGGGAAAUCUUGCGUGCAGCAGCAGAAACCUCCAUGGCGCGUUUCACUUAUUUCACGUCUCGUGUGUCGUACACUGGUUUCUCUUUUGUGAGACUGAAAUACUUGGGAGCAAGAUUGCUGGUGGAAAAGGGAAAAGGAGAUGCACAAAGACAAAGCAGAGUGGCGUGAAGUGGAAUGAGUUGCUAGGGGACGUGAGCUGGCAAAUAUUCUCCGUGUUCUGUCCAGAGUGCCAAGGCACUGGCAUAAACAUUGAAGGAGAUGUGAUAGAGAGAGACACGUUUCCACUUUCUCAGACAUGGAGGUUUGGGGUGAAAGUGAGUGAAGGUCGAAAAGCAUGGGUGAAAAAUCCGGAGAAGUUGGAGAAUUGCUCAACAGGUUUUCAUUUUCCGCAGCAGGAUCAAGACUUGGUUAAGGGUCAGGAGGAGAGAGUGCAGAGCAUGAAACUGGUUCGUUUCUACCGAGUGGAGUUGUAGAGUGUGUAGGGAGAAACAAGCAGAUGCACUCAUUUUCUGUGUUUAUGUAAAUAAGGCCUUCGUCUCGCAUUUUACAGUUCUCUGUAAAUCCGCUAUAACUUAUUAUGUAUUUGUUACUAUAAUGAAAUUACAUUUGAGGCCCACUUUACUCUCUUUUUUGCCCUUUUUUGUUUACUUGAGAUAUAGGACUUGAAAGUUGAAUGUCUAA